GGCCAGCUUCUCUGAGACCACACUUCACAGCAGUUACCGACGCGCGGCUGGGAUACUCCCCCCUUCCUCCGGAUCCUCUGUCGACCAGUCCGGGUGCAAAGCAUCCGUCGCCCUUUCCAGCGAGCUAUUUCCUCGCAAUGGCCACCAACGGCAGCUUGGAGUUCAGCACUGAGGUGGCUCGGCAGUCUUCUCCUCUGAAAUGGUCAUCAGACGAGCGAGCCAGCUCACAUCGAGACUGCCCUCACCAUAGCUGCCCUGGAAGCUCUAGCAGUGCGCAUACACUCGAUGCCUCGGUGCGACACGAGUCGAGCUUGCAGCUUCGCGUUCCAAGGAAACGCAGUAGACCGUCGUCAUCAUCGCAGUGGGCGCUCCGGGCGCCUCGUCGCUGCGCGUCGGCAGCUACUGCGGCAGUAGUCAUGAUGACGCUGUCAAUCCUUUCGACAUUUCGAGGAGCAGAAGCUGCACCCGACGAUGGUACACUGCUGCAACCUCGAUUUGUGCCUGGCGCUGGCGAGCUUCCGCUCGGCGUCGAGCGAUUACGCCCCGACGCGCUGUCCCAGCUCAAUCCGUACCGACCAGCACCGCAUUUGCGGUCCGCAUACGAGCGUCAGCCUGCGCUCAGGUCAAGCGAUGAACGAGAUUGGGUACGAGGAUGGACUGAAGCUGAUGCGGCGCAGGGUCGAGGGCUUGCGGAGAGAGACGCGUCAGACGUGACGCCGUCUGGCUCUGCGGACAAUCUCGUCGACGUCGGCAUCACGCAGCCUCAGUCUUGCGCGCCUUUGAACAUCACUUUUGAUCCUUCCAAAGGCAAGCCUCCAUACACGGUGCACAUUGCCUUUUCCGAGUGGUACCCGUACAUUUUCUCGGUGCCAGCUUCUUACUCAGACCCCACGCUCGGUCUCUGGCUGGUACAAUUCAUGGUGCCGAUGUUUCAGCAGGCUGGUGUGCAGGGCCCCACCAAUCCCAACAUGAUCGUCAGUGUCUCUGAUUCGACGGGAGCAAUGACCAACUCCAGCGUCAUCGCGCAAGUAAACUCCCCAUCGGCCGGCGUGACUUGUGCAGGGAUUUCGGGAAGUUUGGACUUCAUCUUCUGGAGUGAUCCGUCCCAGACGCAGUGUCUGCCCUUUUCAAUCACAUGGGCGCGUGAGGGUACACAAAAGGGGUGGACUCCUCCACUGGGACUCUUCUUCUUGCCGGAGCAGACUCCGCCCUUGUAUCUGCCUAUCGCCAACGCAACUGCAGGAGGGCUGAAUUGGACCAUGAUCAUUCCAGCGGGCAAACGCUUCCUCAUGACAAUGUCGGACGCUGGACCGCUGGGAGGCGGAGUCUCCGGACUCAAUACCGUGGGAGGAUCGGAGUAUGCAAAUCAGAACUGUAUAGACAAUGCGACGGAGCAGCACAGCUUGCCUAGACCCACGACGACUGUCACGGGUAGCAUGCCAGACUUUACUGCCUCUGUCGCCUCUCUCACGACGGAGAAUGGCAUCGUCGUCACACAGACGGUGGUGCAGACGGUGCGAAAUGGCAAGGCUUUGAAGGGCGACGAUCCGACUUCGGCCGUGAUCGGUGCGUCUGUGGGCGCAGGUCUUGCUGUGGGUAUCGCUGCAGCGUUCAUCGCAUGGUUUUGCUGGAGGAGAAGGCAAAAGAAACGCACAAACUUGUCUUGGGACCUUCCGGAUAAUGUCGCAGGUCAACUGAAUCAGACCAACGCUCCGAUGGACAAGAAGCUGCUGCAACGCAAAGGAGCAGGCGCGACCAUCUUUGCUUCGGCCGGACGCCUCAACAAUCUGUAUCCGACGGGCAACGCGCCUGACCGCAGCAGCCAUGCGAAUAGCAUCCAUGGGAGCUUUAGGUCGCUUGGCAGUAGUGCCUAUGAUCAGAGGUACGAGAGCGGUGAUGCCGCCUCUUCACAAACUUCGGAAGCGCCUGCAUAUCACACUGCCUACGCCUCGUCUCCACCGAGUGGUCCUCAGCGGCCAUACUCUGACUUUUCACCUACGCACUCUGACGGCAACUGGCCCUUGAGCCGACCUGCAGCUGCGGUGACUGGUGCCGCGGAUGGACAGGAGGUGAUGAUCGGAGAAGAUUCGCCGCCCUCGGCGACACCCUCCUCGAGGGGCUUCCAAGGCUCGAGAAGGGAAAGCGCUUCUUCCGGGUCCGUACGACAAUCGGGCACUGCGUAUCGCUCGCCCUUUUCGCCCACUGCCACCUAUCCCCACAACGGGGCUUCGCAUGGUGCUGGCUACGAGGAGGUUCCCAUGAGCGAGCCCAUGUAUCACAGCUCCAGCAUGUCGUAUCAUGGCCACUCUAGCGGUUCUUCGUACGCCAUGACGCGCCAGGCAAGCGCUGGAUCUUCAGGCAACUCGCCCAUCACAUCUAUGGCGACGCCUAGCCAGACGCGGCCCGCAGCUGCAGGAAGCAGCACGUUGCCGCCCGUCCCACAAGGCUUCGUUCAGCAUUCGGACGCUGGUCUAUUGUUGGACGAUACGAUGGACGAGGAGGAAAAUCAGAGGAGAGGAAACGGAAUGAUUGAGCUUCCACCUCAGUACGAUGCCGUGCCGCCUCGUGCGCCGCAGCACGGGCGAUCCAGCACUUCUGGCUCGAACCCGCCAUCUGGGCCCUCUUCGGGUUCAGGCACGUACCAGAGCACCUCUUCGAGAGGCGGUGCAAGAGGAAGCGGCAGCGGCACCAGUGGCUCGCAGCAGCAGAUGCUUGGACGAUCGCCGCUCAGCCAGCGUUUACCCGAAGGAGAUAUUUCUACAGCGAACCAGCCCUUUGCGGCGGACUUGCUCGAUGAAGGCGUCGACGAGGAUGAAUUUUGGAGAGCGUCAUGAGCGCUUGUUAGAAUUUCCGUUGCCUUGAUACCCCCUUCCUUUCUAGGAUCGUCGGUUCCUCUUUGUUUUACAGCUCUUCGAACGUUGUGAGCCUCUCUUCAACAUUCGACACUACCACCCGGCACCUCGC